UGGGACUACAAAUCCGUUAGUAGCCUGCACUGCACAGCCUCCUCCUCUUCCAUCAUGGCUCCCACGGCAGACAGGCACGGAUAUUGGGGGCGACCGACCUCAACGCUGGACUGGUGCGAAGAAAAUUAUGUCGCCUCUUUUUACAUCGCGGAAUUUUGGAACACUGUCAGCAACCUGAUUAUGAUUCUUCCUCCCAUUUAUGGGGCCGUCCAGACGUUUCGAGACGGCCUCGAGUUUCGCUACAUCUGCUCUUUCCUCGGACUGGCAGCUGUUGGUGUGGGUUCCUGGUGCUUCCACAUGACGCUGCUAUAUGAGAUGCAGUUACUGGAUGAGUUGCCAAUGAUUUACAGUACAUGCGUCUUUGUCUACUGUCUAUAUGAGUGUUUCAAACAAGAGAAGAGCAUCAGUUUAUUUCCCAUUUCAUUAUUAUUAAUCUUCAGUGUCUCAGUCACUCUGGUAUACUUACAGUGGAAGGAGCCAGUCUUUCACCAGGUCAUGUAUGGCGCUUUAGUAGCUUGCCUAGUGAUGCGAUCUAUCUUCAUUGUUACCUGGGUGUACCCAUGGCUUAGACCGCUGUGUUACACCUCCUUAGGAGUCUUUCUGUUAGGCUUCCUGCUGUGGAACAUUGACAAUAUCUUAUGUGAUACACUAAGAGCCAGUAGACAAACACUUCCCCCUGGUGUUGGAGUAGUAACACAGUUCCACGCCUGGUGGCACAUCUUCACAGGCCUGGGGUCCUACCUUCACAUACUUCUCAGCCUGCAGAUCAGGUCAACCUACCUCAAGCACCGACCAAACAUAAAGUUUCUUUGUGGAGUUUGGCCCACAUUACACAUUGAACCACAGAAGACAAGUUGAGAUGAAGGGAUGGGCACCAACUGAAGGAUGGUGACCUUAUCCAGACACCAUCGGCACUGGGAGCUGUCAAUGCCCUUUGCUGGCAACUCAGCCAACAGCAAGGCACCAUCCAGGAACCCUUAGGUUCUGCACUUUACUAAGAUUUACUAAGAACAGUAUAGCACUGAGUCCCGUUUUAAGACAUUUAACCCUUUUUUUCAUCAUAAAUCAUUUAUUAGAUUAGCAUUUCUGUAAUCUUAUUGAAGUGUAAUACUCUUUUAUUUUCAAUGCAAAUAUGAAGUGUGGUCCUCUGCAGUGAUACAUGUCGAAGAAGACAGUGUGUUAUCUUAAUUAGAAUUUGGGGAACAGGAUAACUCAUUAUUCAGAUUUCUAUUAGCAUAUGUAUUGUUGUAUGUUUGAUUUUGUGGAUGUUUGAAUCUCCUAAACCUAAAGAUAUUUAAUAUGUCCCUAAACUAAAGUAGAACUAAGACUUGUGCAGUUUUACAAGCAGCUGAGGGAGCUCAAAUUAUAACACAAUGUUGUCACGUUCCUUUUUAAAGAGUAUUGUAUUGUUUUUGGAUGUGCUCACUACAUAUGGGAUAGAAACUGCCAACUAGAAAGUGCAAGUGUUACUGUGUUAUUGUGGCUCAGCUGUCUUGACUAGAAGAUCGUCCCUUAUCUCCUUGGCUUCAUUUUUUUACACAUGUUCCUAUCAAAACAUGCCAUGACUGGAUUUAUUCAUUUACUUUUUUUUUCAUUGCCAAAGUUGCUCUGGGUUCAAAGCAGUCAACACGUUUUAGUUGUACCUCGUUAUAUUCAAGAAAGAGAUGCAGUGCUCAUUGUUUUGUAACACAACAUUAUUGAACAGAAUUUAGUUUUGCUUAGGACAGGGUUGAUAUUUUCCCAGCUACACAAAGCAAGUUGAACCACUUUGGACAGCGGAACACUUUCACAGUCUUUAAAGUGACCCUGCACACACGUCUGUGCUCUGUGAAGGACGUUGUACAGCCAUCCCACACGCCCGCAGGGUUUGAGUGUUGGGUUGUAUCAGAGUCAAAACGAGCCUCCCUCAGGGUGUGUGAUGUUGGGAAACCUGUUUGUUGGUGUGUACGACCAGCAUCUGGAGGAUCUGAUCAGCCACAAAAUAAUGCAACAUGCUGACACAUCACUGGAAAUGCAUCAGCUCAACUUGCAGUUGAUGUGUGCAGCUAGCUUGGAGGGUAGUUGGAGUUAAAUGCUGAUAGUUGAAACCCAGUAAUAAAGCCAGCAAACAAAGACUACCUGUUAAAAAGAGGAUUUCUAAUUGUUAACAUUCAGUCAAAGGACCAAGUGAAGGAAUGGAACAUGUCUGAAUCUUUGCAUCCUCAUAAGCUGCAGGGAAUGUGAUACUACACUUUAUACCUGAUGGCACGCUCGAGAACAGAAAUGGCCUUUGAGUGUUCUCCCUCCUUAAUCCAAGUCAAGAGUAGACUUCCCUUUAUAGAUAUUGAAGACUUACACAUAUACUACUACAUUUUAACUAUGACACUUAUGUAUUAGCCCUUCUUUGUUUCAUUUGUUUACACCAUUGUGUGAAGGUGGAGAGUCCAAUGGCACAUUGCGCCUUGUAGGGGAAUAUCUUUGUGAAACAGUUCAUGAUACAACCACUAGGGGGCAUACGUUUAUCAGAUAUUGCUAAACAUGCCAUUGUGAAAGCAGGAGAUAUUAUCUACCUGCUGUAGAACUCUUAGGAUCUCUGACUCGUGUGCUGGAUCUGUUGUGUGAUAUGAAGGGCUCUUUAUUUACAAUGUGUGGAUAUGUGAAGGUAACAAUAGAACCUGGAGCUUGAAGUAACUGAUGGAGAAUGCACAUUAUUGUUGUGGUCCUCCACACUAUUGUGUGCUGUAUUACCUCCCGAGGCCGCACAUGAUACAUUCAUAUGUCACUAUGCAUACAUGCUUUGUCACUAACUCUCAUAUUCUUGGUUAUACGAUUUGCGUGAACCCAGAGUUACAAACAUUCAUAAGCACAAUGUAUGAAAGAUAAGUAUUAACAUUGUUCAAAUGUCUGUGUGGAAUCUUCAACGUCUGUUAUCAUCUUGAAGUCGCUGCUCAUCAGUAGAGGUGAGUGGUUGUAAAAGAGGGUGCCUUAUUGUUAUCCUUGCAGUCCAAGUAAUCCAAGUUGCCUUGAUGCUCGUAAGAAACAAAUCUGUCCCCUGUGUUGUGCAGUGUGCCCCUAGUUCUAAGCAGUUUAAGCAUCGGGACACACCAUAUCUCUGUCUAGUGCAAAUCUGUGCCUGGUUCUUUGGCCUCCUAUUCAUUUCAUGUGUCCAACAUUUUAGUUACAGUUUGUUCUAAUGACGUAAACUGUAGCUGUAAGUGAAACAACGUAAUGUAUCUGUUGAGGCCAGAAGAGCAAACGGCUGUCAUGUGCCAGUCUUUAAUGAUGUCCUGUCUUGUCAAAUAAAAUAAAGUGUGUCAGACAAUUAGUCUACAGAAGAACUUUA